AGUAUCUGAGAGUAGCUUUUAUUAGUGGUGCAUCUCUCCUGAAAGGUGUUGCGCUACUUUAUGGGAGUGACUGCUGAUGUGACUCAGUGGGUGUGUGUUUGGUUGUGUGUGGGGCAGAAGGAGGGACCCACCGGGGCCCCAUUCGUUCAGUGCAUUGAGUCCAGUGUUGUAAUCUUGUUGGGAGACAGGUACAGCGAGCCUACCCUGGUGUUUCAUCGCCAAUGUCAAAAUAUUUUAUUCUGAAGUUUUGACGGAAGUUGCGGGUAUUUAUCAUUGACACCGUCGCCGUUCUUCACGUAUUCAAGCAAGACGACAACAAGAUACGCACGAGACAUCUAGACAACAAAAACUUGUCUCCCUGUGUUCAAAGAUUGACUGAAGUUCUGCCAUGCCUGUGGCCUCCACCAGGACAGAGCCUGUUCCCCAGGUAUUGGAAGCAAUGAGUGACAGCACCACCAGUUCCACCAUUGCCAAUGACCUGGACCUAAUCUACCUCAAAGGCAUUAUGGAAAGCCCUUUGGAGCAAGAGGAGAGCCCAAAGGAGCCCCGGUUGUCGCCAGUGAGGGAGAACAAUGUAGAGCUCCUGCAGGAAAUCCUCAGAGAUCUCGAUCCAUUCACACAGCGCUCUGACACUGCAGCUGAGCUUGCCGGCAUUCUCACACAGCCUCACUUCCAGUCUCUACUAGAGACUCAUGAUUCAGUGGCCUCCCAAGCAUGUGAUAGCCAACAUCCCAGUCCGUGUGAUUUUGUUGAUCAUGAACAAGAAGACAGCCAGGCAACCAAUCCAGCUCUGCCUUCUGAUGCUAUACGCAUGGUUGGCAUACGUAAAGUAGCCGGGGAGCAUCUGGGUGUGACGUUCAAAGUGGAAGCCGGAGAGCUGGUGAUAGCUCGCAUCCUCCACGGUGGGAUUAUAGACCAGCAAGGCCUGCUGCAUGUUGGAGACGUCAUCAAAGAGGUGAAUGGGCGAGACCUGAGCCAGGACCCCAGAGUGUUGCUGGAGGAGCUACAAGCAGCCAGUGGAAUUGUAGUUCUGAAGAUACUGCCCAGUUACCACGAGACCAUUCCACCAAGACAGGUGUUUUUCAAGUGUCUCUAUGACUAUGACCCAGCCAGUGACACCCUGAUUCCUUGUAAGGAAGCAGGUUUAAGGUUUGAAACAGGAGACAUCCUUCAGAUAGUCAACCAAGAUGAUAUCAACUGGUGGCAGGCCCGUCAUGUGGAGGGUGGCAGUGCUGGGCUGAUCCCCAGUCAGAUGUUGGAGGAGAAAAGAAAAGCUUUUGUCAAGAAAGAUGUGGAGCUGGCACCUGCAGGAAAUCUUUGCACUGGUCUUGGAGUGAAGAAAAAGAAAAAGAUGAUGUAUGUGACCACAAAAAAUGCAGAAUUUGAUAGACAUGAAAUCCUGCUGUAUGAGGAGGUGGCAAAGGUCCCACCAUUUAAAAGAAAAACUUUGGUUCUAAUCGGUGCUCAGGGAGUUGGGAGGCGCAGACUGAAGGCCAAGCUUCUGCUGAGAGAUCCACAACUCUUUGGCACCACCAUCCCAUACACCUCCAGAAAGCCCAAAAAGGGUGAAGGUGAGAGUCGAAUGUAUGCUUUCACAAGCCGCACUAAGAUGGAGGCUGACAUCAAGAAUGGCCACUAUCUUGAAUAUGGAGAGUAUGAAGGCAACUUGUAUGGUUUAAAGAUUGACUCAAUACACGAAGUGGUGGAGGCAGGACGCGUCUGCAUACUGGAUGCCAACCUACAGUCUCUCAAAGUACUGCGGACCUCAGAGUUCUUGCCCUAUGUGGUAUUCCUUCAGUCUCCUGACUUCGAGGUGCUCAAGGCGAUGAAUCACUCUGCUGUAGAGGCAGGGGUGGUCACGAAGGCCCUGACGGAUGAAGAGCUGCAGAGGACCUGCGAUGAGAGUGCCAAAAUUAAGGCAGCCUUUGGUCACUUCUUUGACCUUACCAUCAUUAAUGAGAACCUUGAUGAGACGUAUCGCACUGUCAAAGCUGCCUUGGAAACAGUUUCCAAAAACCCACAGUGGGUCCCGGUCACGUGGGUGUUCUAAGAACAGAGAAAACUGCCCACAUUUUGUCAUCGGUUUCAGCAUCCUUGCCAUGGAUUAGACAUCCAGGACAAACUGCCCCUGGACACAGAAAGGACUGUGUGUGUUCAUUUGUAUGUGUAUACAACACAGUCACAAUGUGGGGGACUCUGCAUCCUUUUGGUACCAAAAGUGGUUUCCUUUUGUAGAACUUAGCCUGUUAGAUGGUAAAGGCAGCUUUCAGGUGCAGUAAAGUCUCAAAGAGCUGUUAGAAACAUUUAUGAAGUCUUCUCUAAAAGACUCUGUAUGUGCAUGAACAUGCAUGUUUCUGUUAAUCUGAGGACUUCAGAACUUUGUAUAUGUACAUGUUACUUAUGAAUAUCAGCAGAUUUUGUCAUUUGUUACAUUUCACAAGGAGAUCAGACCUCGAUAAAAAACAAAUUGGGGUCAGAAUUUCACAAUGUGCCAAGAGAUUCAUAUCAGACAGAAAAUGAAUCUUGCCAACAAAUAUAAAGUAUUUUUCUACUUUUUUGUUGAUUUUUGUUUUUUAUUGUUUUGACUUCCAGACACAAUAAUGUAACAAAGUGAAUCCAGUUUAUUUAAACCCUGUGUUACUUCAUCAACCCCCUCCUUAAAUUCCAGUAUGGCUGCCGUUCAUAUAAAACAAAGUGACCCAUGUUGCUUACAUAGGAUCUAGCUUUUGUUUAACACCCUUAGGUUUUUAGUUUAUUAAAUCAGACACUUAACUUCUGUUAGAGAACAUGUUGGUUCAGUGUUUAAAUGUACAAAACACAGUAACACAUCGUCAUGUUAACUGAGCAUAACAGUAUUUCCCUAUGACUCAACAAGUCAGGGAUGUUUGUCAGGAAAAGGUCAACCAACACACUGAAAUUGGUAAAUGGUCUGUGCUUGUAUCGCGUUUUAUCACGCUUUCACACUACAAUCGGUUAUUGACCCAUUUGUACACACAUUCACACACUGGCAGUGGUAAGGUACAUUGUAGCCACAGCUGCCCUGGGACAGACCUACAGAAGUGGGGCUGCCAUAAAAUCAGCGCCACUGGGUCCUCUGACCACCAUCAGCACUAUUAGGCAGGUGGUAGUCAGGCUCUCUAUGCCUUUAGUAUAUUUGGUGAUACCAAUGCAGCAUUCAUUUUUUCAGAAGGUAAAGAGGUGGUAAGGUGGUCAAGACAUGAAGAAAUUGCAGUUUUUCCAGUAGCUGGAUAGACUAUGUAUUAUCUGGGAGAAUAUGUUUGCUAUGAACCCCUUGCAUGCUACAGGUAAUACUGGGCAGGUCUAGCAGGUGGUGAGAAUUGUAUGACAGAUUAAUAGGGUAAUAAUCUGUGUGAGUGCUGUUACAUGGGUUGUGUGAACAUGAAACUGCAUUUAAUAAAGCCAACUGAAACAGGUUACAAUCUGAAUGCAUUUAGCCAUCCCCGAUUACUGCCUUACUGUCUGAUUAGUUUACAAAGUGCAACACAACUGAGAAGAACUGAUAUUAGUAACACAGAUCAUCUAAGGAGCAGGUGUUCUGAGAACUGAGGCAUUACAUAGUUUGGACUCCCUCAUUAUAAACCCACAUCAUUAGGCACAUUGUUUCUUUAACAAUGACACAUCUAAUACAAUCUGUCAUUCCAAGCUGGCACUAUUAUGUUUCAGUGAUCCUCAUACUUGUACACAGUUUGUAGGUAGCUUGUACCUGCACAGUGGUAUACUAGGUACUUAUAUUAGCUUGAAUGACACUUUAGUGAUCAUGUCCAGAAGUCCUUUUUUAAAUAUAUGUCUUUAACCCAUGAGUGUAAAACACAGGAACUAUGUUGCCAUUUUUCACGUUCCCUCCUCAAAUUUGUUGUGUUCUCUUGGGUUCGCCUACAUGCCACACUGUUCGUGGUGCCAACUGCAGAGAUGUUUAUCUUUCUACUGAACCCUUUUUACUGGCAGCUACUGAAUCAUUUUAACACACAAUGUUGAGUCAUAAACAAGGAAAACUGGUGCUUAUCAAAUUCUUUAUGAGUACACCUGGCAUCAGUUGUUUUAGUUUUUCUUAUGGAGAGAUUUUAGUUACUAAGUUGAUAUUUAUGUUUUAGUUUCUGAAAGUUGCCUAAGAGGAACAGAUGUCUUUCUGCCAGCUUUUAUGUUCCAGUCAAUUUGAAAGUUUGAAAAUAUCAUUAUUGCUCUCCUGAGGACAUUCCAAAACCUCAUUGUGUCCUUUUUCUAUAAAAUGGAUGCAUACAAGCAUUUUUUUGCUUUAUGCAUUUUUGCUUUCUGAAUUUAGGUACAUCUUAGGACAGAAGCAGUAACUCAGAUCUUACAGGGGUUUUUAUUCUGUUCUGUGACUGAUGCUUUUCUGUAUAAUUAAUUCAAGAAAGAAGUAUCUUCAUAUAUAAGUUUACAGUACAUAUGUCUGACAGUUCUAAAAUAGUGUGUACUCUAAAGGUAGUAAAAAUGUAUGUACUUGAUAUGAGCAACUGAAACAUUCCAUGAUGUAUAAAACAUGUUCAAAAUAA